AUGAGAGGCAACAAGUUCAAGACGACUCGACACGCAAAGUCAGUCAAAAUGCCGAGCCACAAGUCUUUCCGUACCAAGCAGAAGCUUGCCAAGGCGCAGAAGCAGAAUCGCCCUGUGCCCCAAUGGAUUAGACUCCGAACCAACAACACCGUCCGGUACAAUGCCAAGAGACGGCACUGGAGAAAGACUCGUCUUGGCAUCUAA